GUACAGCGAGAUAGUGUCGCGGCGCGAGGCGCGGCGCGCGCGGCGCGCGGCGAUGGUGAAGCGGCGCACGGCGGCCGCGGCCGAGCGCAUGCGCGUCAUAUCGCGCCUCGCCGCCGCCGGCGACGAGUUCGGCAACCAGGACUCCGACUGGGACGUCUAUAAGAGUAUAAGCCGCGACGCCGACUCCGACUCGGACGCGGACGGCGAGCGGCUGGUGGAGCUGGAGGAGGCGCUGCGCGAGCACGAGCCGCCGCCGCCCUCCGCCACGCACCACCAGCUGCACCUCGCCAUCGAGCCCUACCGGGCUCCAGAAUUAAUGUUUCAACCGUCAAUGAUGGGGAACUUAGAGGCUGGUUUGGCGGAAACAAUGGAAUACGUCUUCAAACACUUCAGUCCUGAAGAUCAGCUCUUGUUGGCGAACAAUGUUUUUGUAACAGGAGGAUGCUCUCAGUUUCCCGGUCUGAAAGAGCGACUAGAAAGAGAGCUUCUAGAAAUGCGUCCAUUUCAAUCGACGCACAAAGUAGUAAUGGCGAACAAUCCAAGUUUAGACGCGUGGUACGGCGCUAGAGAUUUCGCGGGAAGCAAUGAAUUUGAAAACUGGUGUAUAUCCAAAGAAGACUACUACGAAAUGGGUGGGGAGUACUUGAAGGAGCAUCACGCGAGCAAUAAGUACUACAAAAGUCCAGCACCAAUAGUAGAUAACACGAUGGCUCCGGCUGGUGAUGCGAAUGUGGUGAAGGAAGAAAUCGUUGUAGAUUGUUAAAUUGAAGUAUUUGAAAAUAAAUGCAUA